AUGUUAUUGAAUAAAAUAGCCCCAAUGGGAGUAAAGGAUAGUUGUAUGAGAUUGCAAUACUUGAAAGAUAAAAACUAUAUCAAAGAAGUCAUGAAACCGUUUAAUAUAUGGGAGAUGGACGUCGCAAUGAAUAGGAGAAAAGACACUGCACCAGGAAUAGAUAAUAUUCAUUACGUUAUGUUAUCUGAAUUACCAAAUAUAGAACAAAGGGAUUUAAAUCUAGCGUUUAAUAUUAUGAAGGAAAAUAUUAAAAAACUUCAUGGAUGGUUGAGGGAUAAAGGCUUGGAACUUUCGGAUGAGAAAAGCUCGAUAGGGGUAUUCACAAGACAUAGGUUGAAUGAUUUACCAACUCAUAUUAGUACGGAAGAGCAUUCAAUAGCGGUUAAAAAUAGAAAUGAGAUAAAAAUUACGUGGAUCAGAGGACAUAAUGGAAUAGAGGGAAAUGAAAAGGUGGAUAAAUUAGCAAAAAUAGCAACGAAACAAGGAGAAAAAAUGGACAUUAUGCUGAAAAGUGAUGUCGAAAACAUAAGUAAAAGAAAUGUGGAAGAGGAAUGGCAAAAAAUUGGGAUGACACGUUACGAAGUGAAGAAAUCAAUCAUGUACUCCAAGAAGUGUUUCUUCGGUGCACUCAUAUGCUUUCUUGUACUUCGUUCCGAGAUAAUCAAUGCAUCCUCAUCUGAAGAGGACGAGGAGACGAGCACGAAUCUCUAUGCGACCGUCGGAUCUCACAUCGCCUUCAACUGCGAAAUCGAAUUUCCAAAUGAUUUAGAGAUUCCGUACGAACUGAGGUGGAGUAAAGAUGGCGAAGAAAUAUUCUCCUGGUACGAUGGUGACUUGGUAGCAGCACCUGUAUAUAGAGGCCGCAUUACUCUUCUCGAUGACCAUCAGGUCCAUGGUUUUGGUCGCGGGUCCAUCAAUCUCACGGCAAUUCGAGAAUCUGAUUCUGGAUGGUAUGAGUGCCGAAUCAUUUUUCCGAACCGAAGCCCAAGCUCAAGAAAUAAUGGAACGUGGUUCCACUUGGAAGUUGAUGGUGGUGCAUUACUGGCCAUACCUCCAGUAAAUCAGACAACACUAGAAGGCGAGCGAGCACAUUUCGCCUGCACAAGCAAAGAUCCCGACAGCGUUGUCGAAUGGUACAAAGAUGGUGUUCCUCUCAGUGAACUCGUAGACUUGAGGCAUCGUGUUCGAUACGGGCCCCAGGGUGGACUUACAGUUGGACCAGUUAUGAUGGGCGAUUUGGGAGAAUAUGUAUGUGCUGUUACAAAUGCCCAUGGAGACAGACAGACUGCAAGAGCAUAUUUAAAUGUUCAAU